CCUUUCUAGACAAAUUAGCGAGUUAUCCGGGUACUUUUAAGCAAACCGGAAGUCGCGCUGUCACUCGAUUGUUUUGGUCUCGCGGUCACGUGACUUUGCCCUCCUCCAGCCACUUCCCCAAACAGACGCCAGUCGGAGCAGUUGUUUUUUGUUUCCAGCAGCGAAAGUAAAACCAGCACAGGGGUCGACCCCCCGACAUGCCACGGUGAAGCCGUCAGAUGGAGGACCGUCCUCUGAAACCGACCCAUCACUCAGGGGAAGCAACGCUGUGGCAGGUUGACCUAUGCGGGCACGUCAUGGUGGAUGUAACCAAAUGGCCAAUUUUCAGCCUCAUGGGGCCAGAGGAGCUCUCAUCGAUAAGGACGGCCUGCGUUUUCGGCUCAUCUGCUAAUGAGGCCAUCUACAUCACCAACGACGAUGAGGUCUUUGUUUUUGGCCUGAACUGCAGUAGCUGCCUGGGAACUGGGGACAGCCAGAGCACCAUCGUCCCCAAGAAGCUGGACUUUUUUAGCGGCAGGAAGGUGGUGAGCCUGAGCUACGGGAGUGGACCCCACAUCCUGCUGGCUACAGACGACGGAGAGCUCUUUGCAUGGGGGCACAACGGCUACAGCCAGCUUGGAAACGGGACAACCAACCAAGGAGUAGCUCCUAUGGUCGUAUCUGUCAACCUGCUCAACAAGAAGGUCACAGAGGUGGCAUGUGGCUCCCACCACUCCAUGGCUCUGACUGACUCAGGAGAAGUGUACGCGUGGGGCUACAACAACUGUGGCCAGGUGGGCUCCGGCUCCACAGCAAACCAGCCCACGCCUCGCAGAGUUUCCAGCUGCCUGCAGAGCAAGGUGGCCGUCAGCAUCGUCUGCGGCCAGACCUCGUCUCUGGCCUUGGUGGACAACGGAGAGGUGUACGGGUGGGGCUACAACGGGAAUGGGCAGCUUGGACUUGGAAACAACGGGAACCAGCUGACUCCCUGUCGACUCGUGGGUCUGCAAGGUGCGUGUGUGCAACAGAUUGUCUCCGGCUACGCCCACUCGCUGGCGCUAACAGACGAGGGGCUACUUUACGCUUGGGGUGCAAACACUUAUGGUCAGCUGGGCACAGGAAACAAGAGCAACCUGCUGAGCCCCGUUCAGAUCCUGAUGGAGAAGGAGAGAAUCGUGGAGGUGGCCGCCUGUCACUCCACUCACACGUCGGCCGCUAAGACCCAGAGCGGUCAGGUGUACAUGUGGGGCCAGUGCCGGGGCCAGUCCAUCGUGCUGCCUCACCUCACCCACUUCUCUUGCACGGACGACGUCUUCGCAUGCUUCGCCACGCCCUCCGUAAUGUGGCGGCCUCUCUCCAUGGAGCACGAUGACUUCCUGACUGUGGCUCAGUCUCUCAAGAAGGAGUUUGAUAACCCGGAGACGGCCGACCUGAAGUUCUGCGUUGACGGCAGAUACAUCUACGUCCACAAAGCGGUGCUCAAAAUCCGGUGCGAACACUUCCGAUCCAUGUUCCAGUCCCACUGGAACGAAGACAUGAAGGAGGUGAUCGAGAUAGACCAGUUCUCCUAUCCCGUCUAUCGCUCCUUCCUCGAGUUCCUCUACACUGACACCGUGGAGCUGCCCCCUGAAGAUGCGAUCGGGCUGCUGGACCUGGCCACGUCUUACUGCGAGAACCGACUCAAGCGUCUGUGUCAGCACAUCAUCAAGAGGGGAAUCACGGUGGAGAACGCCUUCUCUCUGCUGUCUGCGGCGGUGCGCUACGACGCCGAGGACCUGGAGGAGUUCUGCUUCAAGUUCUGUGUGAACCACCUGACUGAGGUGACCCAGACGGCUGCUUUCUGGCAGAUCGACGGCAAUCUGCUUAAAGACUUCAUUUGCCGAGCCAGUCGCUGUGGCGCCUUCAAAAACUAAAGCUGGACUGCAGGAAGUGAUGGGAACACAUGAUGAGAGACUCCAGAGGAGCUUCCUGCAAACCAUCAAAUCCAGAAGAAUGUUUGCACAGUAGAAAGCUCUGCUUUUUUUAAAUCAGGGUUGGUGUUGAUCUCAGUGCGAACAUGAGUGUGCAUUAAAGGUAUAGUGGACGAUCUUUUUCAGCUUUCAGUUCCGGGAGUAUCACCUUAUCUAUUGGUUGUCCCACACGCCGAUCGUUGGGACGUGCUCCAAUGUACAACGCCAGUGUGCGUGGCUGAAAGUCACAAGAAGCAAACUGUCUUACAAGUUUAGGAGAAGAAGAGGAAGGCCUCAGAAGAAAGAAACUGUAUGUGGGAGAUUUUUUUUUCCACAUGAUCCCCCUGGGGAGUGGAAGAGCAGUCAGGACAGUGUUGAGCAUCUGUAGUUAUUAAAAAAAAGGACUUUGGUGUUUCUUACCUACUUUUGUGGAAAGAUCGUCCACUCUACCUUUGACUAUAUUUUCACACUGGGAGCAGCAGCUGGUUCCCCAUAGUGCCUUGUUUUUUUUAUUUACACAUAUUGUGUAAUGGAUAAGUGAGGAGUGCUAUUGCUUUUUUGUUUCAUUUCAACAUAAAAUACUCAUAAAUAAACUAAAGUAUUAGGUUUUGUUUUUUCAUUUUAGUAAAUUAGGAAGGUCUGCCCUUAAAUGAUUGUGCUGCUCUCGGUCAGAGGGAUUGAUGAUUUGGUUGUGCUGUCUAGUUUUAGGGUUUUCAGGUUGAGACUCUUUGCACUUGUAAAUAAUGACUGACAGGUCAUGAACGAUGAAGCGUUCAUCUAUGUAGGUCAUCCUCGAUGUGGGAGCUACUGAUGCCUCAGUCUCUGCUAAAAGCAUGCAAAGGUACUUGAGUUAUCAGCUGGCCUCAGAAAGUCACGUUCAGGCUUAGAUUGGGGAUUUUUAUCGAUUCAUUUGUUUCAUUAGGGUCUUUUAUUUUAAUUUAUUUUUAAGUUUUUGCUUCAUAGUGCAAAAUAAUAAUUUUGUGUAGCUUUACUUACAAAAUAAUCCAGGUUGUGGUGAUGGUCAGUUCAGUUGCUUAUUGCUGGACAUCAACAAGGGUUUUAUUUUCUUCUUAAAUAUCCCAUGUAUGCUAACAAUUACAUUUAACAGUAUUAUGAUUUCUUAUUAAUUCAUCUUUGCUAUUAUAAAGUUUAUUUUUAAUAAAUAAAACAAGACAAUAAAUCACAACGAUCAUCUCUCCAUUGAUGCUGAACGAUAAUGUGCCAGUAAAACGUUGUGACCUCUGAAAUCAGAUUAAUAAAACAUUUUUGUCUGUUUGUUUUCUA